AUGGUUACCAUGGAGCCAGAGUCCUCUGGGAAGAGGACGAAACUGGGGACCGUGUCCGGGGUCUACAUCCCCGUCUGCCUCAAUAUCCUCAGCAUUCUUAUGUUCUUGAGAUUCGGUCUCAUCCUAGGCCAGGUCGGGUUGCUGGGCAUGCUCGGCCUGUUGUUAAGUGCUUACACGGUUGACUUUGUCACGACCCUCUCGUUGUCUGCUAUCGCAUCCAACGGCGAAGUAAAGGGCGGAGGAGCCUACUACCUUAUCUCGCGGUCUCUGGGACCCGAAUUCGGCGGUUCAAUUGGUGUCCUCUUUUACCUGGCUCAAGUGUUAAACACAGCUCUCAAUGUCGUCGGUCUCAUCGACUGCAUUAAGCUCAACUUCGGCUACGCCAUGCCCCAUGGCUACUGGUGGGACUACCUAUUCGGCACGGUUGCGCUGGUUUUUUGUACAGGCCUCUGCCUCGCCGGAAGCUCCAUGUUUGCCAAAGCCAGCAACGCCCUCUUGGUUGUGCUCACCUUCUCCAUCUUGAGUAUUCCGGUUUCUGCUCUCCUGAACCCCGCCUUUGUUGACCCGGAAAGGGGCAUCGAGUUCACCGGAUUCAGUCUAGCUACCCUGAAGUCCAACCUCCUCCCCGAUUCUUCCAGCGGCCAUUUCAACGGCUUUACAACGUUCCGUGAUUUGUUCGGUAUCCUUUUCCCUGCCACAUCGGGUAUCUUUGCCGGUGCCUCCAUGUCCGGUGAUCUACGCAAUCCCAGCAAGGCCAUCCCCCGUGGCACGCUCUGGGCUAUGUUGUCCACUUUCCUUGCAUAUCUACUGGUGAUUGUCUCUUUGGCAUCGAGCACAAGGCACCACUCGUUUCUUCGGAAUCCCAACAUUAUCCAGGACACCAACAUCUGGCCUCCCGGUAUCUUCGCUGGAGAGUUCGCGACUACCUUCUUUUCCGCUUUAAUGGGUGUCAUCGCGGCUGCGAAGUUGCUGCAGGCUCUGGCAAGGGACAAGCUCAUCCCGGGAUUGGAAGUCUUUGGCAAGGGAACCAAGAAGGCAGAUGAACCCGUUCUUGCUAUCUUCUUGACCUAUAUACUUGCACAAUUUGCGAUGCUUGCCAACCUGAAUCAGAUCGCCACCUUCAUUUCCAUGGGCUAUCAGAUGACCUUCUUUGUGAUGAACCUAGCGUGUUUCCUGCUCAAGAUCGGAUCAGCCCCUAAUUUCCGCCCAGCCUUUAAGUUCUUCAGCUGGCAGACAGCAUUUGCUGGCAGUAUCAUCUCCGCGACGGCCAUGUUCUUCGUUGACGAAACAUAUGCCUCUUCUGCCGUGUGUCUGAUGAUCUUCCUCUUCCUCUUGAUCCACUACCUGAGCCCGCCGAAGCAUUGGGGAGACGUCUCCCAGAGCUUGAUCUACCAUCAAGUGCGAAAGUAUCUCCUGCGUCUCAAGCCAGAGCAUAUCAAGUUCUGGCGCCCGCAGAUCAUUCUGCUGGUUAACAAUCCCAGACGGCAGACUCGUCUGAUCCAGUUCUGUAACUCGCUAAAAAAGGGGGCAUUGUAUAUCCUUGGCCACGUCAUUGUGACAGAUGACUUCUCAGCUGGAGUUGCCGAAGCCAAGCUGCAGCAGGCUGCUUGGACCAAGUACAUCUCCGAGUCCUCAAGGAUCAAGGCCUUUGUACAGCUUACUAUGUCGCCCACCAUAACAUGGGGCGUCAGAAAUCUCAUCCUUUCUGCUGGGUUAGGCGGUAUGAGACCCAACAUUGCUGUUAUGGGUUUCUACAACAUGGACGAACUCCGCCGCUCUCGGUCCGCACAAGUCCCUGAGCCGCCAGUCAAUCCCCCCCCGCCAUCACAAAGUGAAGAAACCACCUCGACCCCUAGAACUGUUCGUAGAAGGAGGAGAGGCGACACCUUUUCCCGUAUUCUGGAGGGCGAGCUGCCGACAGAUGUCAUCAAAACCGAGGAGCUGAUGCCUGUAACAAGCUAUCUCACCAUUCUGGAGGAUCUGGCCUUGCGUUACCGCUUGAAUGUUGCCAUUGGCAAGGGCUUCGACAAAUUGGAAACACCACGGGAUGAUGGAACCAAUACCAAAAGGUACAUCGAUCUGUGGCCCAUCCAGAUGUCUGCAGCCCUUGAAGCGGAGGGCAGGAGUGUCCUUACAACCAACUUUGAUACAUAUACUUUGAUCCUUCAGCUCGGAUAUAUCCUCCACACUGUCCCUACGUGGAAAAAGGUAUACAAGCUGCGUGUGCUUGUGUUUGUGGAGUAUGAAAGCGAGGUUGAUAUCGAACGGGGCAGAGUUAAGGCUCUGUUGGAGAAAUUGAGGAUAGAUGCCGAGAUUCUCGUCUUCUCGCUCGCUUCGGGCCUGCUCAAGACGUACGAGACUAUCGUCCAUGGGCGUUUUCAGGAUGCGGAGACCGAGAACCUUGUCAACAGCUGCCUCAAGAACGAGGAGUGGUGGGAAGAUCUGCAAAACUAUCGCAAAGGCCGCUCAAGGUCGAGCUCGAAGGCAACAACUCCUCCUGAUCUUCCCUCGAUCUCUCAGGUUUUGGAGUCUAGCGCUGGCACACCGACCCAACAAAGCCAACCAAGCGACUCUUCGGAUGAUUCUAAGGACGUCAAGCAGAAGCGGCGCCAUAGUCUGGCCCAUCUUACUGACCUCCCAAAAAAGCCGACCAUGUCACAGCUUGUCAAGUGGGGCGUGAGCAUGGGCAUCCACACCCAGAACCUCCUCAACGUCUUCGAUAAUUCCGAUACAGACACUGCAGCCGACAGCGACUCGGACAGCGAUUCGGAUACCAUGGCCAUGGAGCGUCAAUUUACUGAUUCUGACACUGCAAAUGGCGAUGGCGACGAUGGCGUUAAGCGUCCCUUAUUAGCAGGCCACCGGAGACGGAAGAGUUUCGCCGACAUCUUCACGCGGGCUAAGAAACAGCUGAAGGAAAAGCGCAAGUGGAAGCGGACCCGCUCCCCAGAACGGACACGCUCUCCCACUCCUAAGAGAAGACCGGCAUCGUCAUACGGGACGAUGACGACGGAGACACGGACAACAGAGCUGCGGAGGACAGAGACCAGGACCACGGACAGCAGCAAAGAGACGAGGACAACUGAGACAAGGACAACAGAAACAAGGAUGACUGAGAUCAGGAGCGGUAGCGUAUCGGAAGGUUUCCAGAACAUGCGGGGUAUCCUCAAGUCGGACAGCAGGCCAACCCUUUCAAGGCACACCAGCUCUACAGCCAUGAGGUUCACGAGCAGCUUGGUUCCGGAGACGACUAUCACCAACGACUCUCCCGAUGGCACUGGUCCGAGAAUCAUGUUUGCCGAACAGGACAGCAAGCCACAGUUCUCCAGGCAAGCUUCGCUGGCGCGUGGGAUCGGGGAAACGAUCGAGGAAGAGUCCGGCAUUGAUAGGAGGGUUUCCUUUGCUGAAUUGAGCCCUACUGUUCGGUCCCCGGUGCUGUCUCGUCGGAACUCCUUCUCAAAAGGCGGUGACAACGGCGGCGAUGUGUCGCUCAAUAUUGCGGGGCUAUUGGCUUCAUAUCUUUCGGAUGACGAUGAGUACCCGAUGCAUGGCCUCACUCUUUCUUUCAACGAUCUUCCGAGCCGGGCUCAACAUCUAAUCCUCAACGAGUUGAUGCGGCAGCACAGUAAGGAUACAGCUGUGAUGUUUACCACGUUACCAAUCCCUGAGGAGAACACAUGCCAGAGCGAAGAGGCAAGCUUGGCAUACUUGUCUGACGUUGAGGUUUUGUGCAACGGACUUCCUCCCGUUCUGCUGGUGCUCAGCAACCACAUGACGGUUACAAAGUUCCGCGACCUCAGCCGUCGCCGACCCAGUCCUGCUGAGCCCGAAGAGUCCUCGUUCCAGAUUAUCCAUACUCCUGAUAGGCCUCGACGGAUCAUAUUCCCAGAAGAAGCACCAUCAGAAGAAGAGUGUGCGCACCAGAUUGCGGCUUGGCAUUUUACGGCAGAGAGAGAGCAUCUGAGCGAGGACAACAUUAAACAUCAGUCAUCUUACGAAGAGAUGAUCCAGGGAAAUCUCACGUCCUACGCUGAAAAAAUCAACGGCUUGCCAACCGGCAUAGCAAUCAACCACAACCUGUUACAUAUGAAGAACCAAACUGUAACACACUCCGCUUCUUCUUGUGGGGGCCAACUUGAAAGCGCCUCAGCUAGCACGGCUUCGUUUUCCAUAUACUCCGAGGAUGACUAUGCGUCGACCCAGAGUAACAGCUCUAUCUCCUCGACCGUCAUGGAAGAUCAGUCUGCCCCUCCCUCGCCCACGGCACAGACAGUUUUUGAAGAGACUGAAGCGAGUAAGAAAUCCCAGGACCGCUCUGAUGCGCCCAUGGAUCUCUACUGCCGAGGGAUCUGUCCCUUCUGCCGGGGCCGUCUCAAAAACGCCCCAACUCCCUUGGCAUGCCCCUACCAGAAUUGUGGACGCGAUCUGCGCGAGUGUCUCACAGCCUCUUCGAACUGGACUUCGACACGAGAAGAGAGACAGAAGGCGCCUCCAAGGCUGGCGGACAGACCUCUCUUGAUAAGUAGCCAGCCGGUUAGCCGAAGUCAGUCUCCUAGUAGGCAAGGUGCUGUGCGUUAUCCUCCUCGGACGAGGAAGUCGGCAGAGCCCGAAAAGUACGAUCAUUGUCAGGAGACUCCCGCAGUCUUGGCUUUAAUGAAGCAGAGGAAGGUAACUGACAAAGGGUGCAAUCCUAGCAGCAAGCCCAUUACAAGACGAGACUCGAUGAGCGAUCUGAGACGAGUCGCGAUAUUGCAGCAAGCUAGAAGGAUGGAGAUGUCAGGAACAACGGCGACAACAUCAACAUAUCCGGUUCCUGGCCCACCGCCGCCCAAAUCACCUCUUAGAGCACAUCCAAAACUACAACGGAAACUGCCAUCAACACGAGAUCCCUCCCCAGCUGACACGGUCAAGACCCUGUGGCCGAGCCCCUUACAAACCCAAAACGGAUAUCAAGCCUGGAAACAGCAAUUAAGCGAAAUGCAAAGUCUACAGAAGUCCAAAACAGUAAAACCUGCAGCAGAAAACAAGCCCCUUCCUCCUCGCCCCUUACAAACAUCUCAACCGACCCUCAACUCCCGACGCUUGAACUCCUCUCGACCACAACAACCACAACAGAAGCCCCCAGAUUCGCAAAAGAAACAAGACAGCAAGCUCUCCAAUCUCCUCAACAACCUCUCUCUUUCACUCUUCCGCAAUACCAGCUCAACCAGCAAGCACCCGGCACAAAGUGAGGCAAUGACAGCUGCUCCCACUAUACCAGAAAUCUCACCUCUCUCAUCCGACGGCGAUGGCAGCAAGGCCGCCUUCGCAGCUGCCUUUUUGCCUUCACCUCCCUCGCCUUUAUCUCGUUGCUCUGUGUUCACUUCUCUUAUUUCUCCAGGGGAACCACUAUCGGGACACGGGCAAUUAAGGGCGCCGCCUCCACCGCCUCCGCAAAGACCAACGGCUGCUGACCCGCUGGGUUGGCCAGGGAUGGGGACGAAGAGACCCGGUACUACUGGAAUGGAGUCUGUCGCCAGUGCUCCUAAGAGUGCAAAAGCCUCGGAGAGUAGCGUUGCGGGCAGACAGAGGGGUCUCAAAAAUGUAGCAUCGAUUGCGUUGGUGUCUGCUUGCGGGGCACGGCCCUCGUCAAAGACGACUACCUUCGAUAUUAAAAAUGCUAGCCCGAGCAAAGAAGAGACCAGGCAAGGGGUCCGGGCAGAAGUACUGGCGUGGAAGACGCCUGAGCAAAAAGCUCAGCUUGAGAAGGAGAUGAAGGAGAAGGGAGAUGAUGCCGAUCUGUUUAUGGACAUUAUCGAUCAGUAUGGGAGUGAUGAGGAUGACGAAACGGAAGUGAGGGUAUCAAGGGCUCCGAGGUUGCAUCCAGAAAUGAGAUGGCAGGGCGGUUGGAUUUAA